GUUUUAUCAAGAUAUAAAAUUCAUUUUGAAUAGUGAUAUUGUUUCUGAGUCGAAGAUGUGAUAUUAUUUUUUUUUAAUUCCAAGCGAUAUUUCUGCUUCAUGCAUUUCAGAAACUUUUGAAACCUGUUGUUUGAAUUCUGAUAAGCUCAAAACACAGAAACUGAGUGCAUUUUUAGUGUAGUGUAGUUCAAAAAAAGAAUUUAUAAGAAAUAGAAAUAGAAUCAGGAAUAAACGUCAUCAAAAUUUCUGCACCAAAUUUUCCGAUGAAGAGUAUUGGUAGCAGUUCAGACCCAAGUUCCUUUGAAGAAAAUAAUUUUGAUUGAAGUAUCAAGGCAAGUUUUGAGUUGUUUCUCCGUUUAGGUCGUUUGGCAUUAAGACUGGCUACAGAAUCAAUGCAUACACGCUGCAAGAGAGCCAUUGAAUAAAAGGAUAUUGUAAGAAAGGAAGGAAACUAAAGUGAUACAAAAAAGUUAAAAUAUGGGAAAAAACAGUGGAAAAACGCCAAGUAAAAAAAGAAAAUUUACAAAGAAAUCAAAACCGAAAAAAACUGGAGAAGGAUAUUCUGUACCAGAGAAUGGAAAUGGAAACCCUUCAGGAGAUUCCGUUCAACAAACUACGAAAUCUGACAAUGAAAAGAAAAUCGAUUCCAGUGGGAAAUUAAAAUUUGCCAAGAAACAAACCGAAGAAGAAGAUUCUGCACAAGAGAAUGGAAAAGGAAAAAGUUCAACGGAUUCCAUUCAGCAAACUAUGAAAUCUGCUGAUGAGAAGAAACAAAUUGAAGAGUUAGAUUCUGUACCAGAGAAUGGAAAUGGAAACACUUCGGCGGAUUCCGUUCAACAAACUACAAAAUCUGACAAUGAAAAGAAAAUCGAUUCCUGUGGGAAAUUAAAACUUGCCGGGAAACAUACCGAAAAAGAAGAUUCUGUACAAGAGGAUGGAAAAGGAAAUAGUUCAACGGAUUCCAUUCAGCAAACUAUGAAAUCUGCUGAUGAGGAGAAACAAGCCGAAGAAGAAGAUUCUAUAGCAGAGACUAGAAAUGGAAACAAUUCAAAAGAUUCCAUUCAACAAACUACGAAAUCUUCUUAUAAGAAGAAACAAACCGAAAAAGUAGAUUCUGUUACAGAGAAUGGAAAUGGAAACGAUUCAGCGGAUUCUGUUCAGCAAACUACGAAAUCUGAUGAUGAGAAGAAAAUAGAUUCCAGUGAGAAACUAAAACUUGCCGGGAAAGAAACCGAAGAAGAACAUUCUGUAACAGAAAAUACAAAUGAUAACAUUUUAGCAGAUUCCAUUCCACAAGCUACGAAUUCCAAUGAUGAGAUGAUAAUCGAUUGCAGUGAGAAAUUAAAAUGUGCCGAGAAACAAACCGACGAAGGACAAUUUGUACCAGAUAAUAGAAACGGUAACAAUUCAACAGAUUCCAUUCCACAAAUUUCGCCAUACGAUGAUGAAAGUAAAAGUUAUUCUAGUGAGAAAAUAAAACUCUCCAAAGAAGAAGAUUUUGUAAAAGAGGUCCGAAAUGGAAAAAAUUCAACAGAUUCCAAUCAAGAAACUUUGAAAACUGGUAAUGAGAAUAAAAUCGAUUCUAGCGAGAAAUUAAAACUUGACGAGAAACAAACCGAAGAAGGAGAUUCUGUACCAGAGAACAGAAAUAGAAAAAAUUCAGCAUAUUCCAUUCAAGGAACUACAAAACCUGAUAACGAGAAAGAAAUCGAUUCCGGACGUGCAGAGGAACACACCGAAGAAGGAAAUUCUUUACCAGAGACUGAAAACAGAAACAGUUCAACGGACUCCAUUCAACAAACAAUAAAAUUUGAUGAUGAAAAGAAAAUCGAAUCCAGUGAGAAAUUAAAACUUGCGGAGAAACAAACCGGAAAAGAAUAUUAUGUUCCAGAGAAUGGAAAGGGAAACAAUUCAACUGAUUCUCUACAAAAAACUGCGAAAUCUGAUGAUGAGAAAAGAAUCGAUUCCAAUGAGAAAUUAAAACUUGCUGGGAAACAUACCGAAGAAGGAGAUUCUGCACAAGAGGAUGGAAAAGAAAAAAGUUCAACGGAUUCCAUUCAACAAAGUACGAAAUCUGCUGAUGAGAAGAAACAAACCGAAGAAGAAGAUUCUAUAGCAGAUAUUGGAAAUGUAAACAAUUCAAAGGAUUCUCUUCAAAAAAUUACGAAAUCUGAUAACGAGGAGAAAGAAACCGAAGAAGAAGAUUCUGUACAAGACAAUGGAAAUGGAAAUAAUUCAACGGAUACCAUUCAACAAACAACGAAGUCUGAUAAUGAGAAGAAACACAUUGUGGAAGGAGAUGCUUUACCAGAGACUGGAGAUGGAAACAAUUCAACGGAUUUUAUUCAACAAACAACGAAAUCUGCUGGUGAGAAGAAACAAAUCGAAGAAGAAGAUUCUGUACCAGCGACUGGAAAUGAAAACCAUUCAACGGAUUCUAUUCAACAAACUACGAAAUCUUCUUAUGAGAAGAAACAAACCGAAGAAGGAGAGUAUGUACCAGAGAAUGGAAAUGGAGACAAUUCAGCGGAUUCUGUUCAACAAACUACGAAAUCUGAUAGUGAGAAGAAAAUCGAUUCCAGUGGGAAAUUAAAACUUGUCAAGAAACAAACCGAAGAAGAAGAUUCUGUACAAGAGAAUGGAAAUGGAAGUAAUUCAAAGGAUAACAUUCAACAAACUACGAAAUCUUCUUAUAAGAGGAAACAAACCGAAGAAGAAGAAUCUGUAGUAGACACUGGAAAUAAAAACUAUUCAACGGAUUCUAUUCAACAAACUACGAAAUCUUCUUAUGAGAAUAAACAAAUUGUAGAAGGAGAUUCUGUACUAGAGAAUGGAAAUGGAAACAAUUCAAAGGAUACUAUUCAACAAGAUUAUAGAGAUAUAGAAGAUGAAAUUUUUAAUUCAUUUAGUGUGGAACAGAUUAGAUCCAAUUCAUCAGCUGGAAAAACCAAUAUCCGGAAUUCGAGGCAGAGGAAAAGGGAGGGGAAGCGUCGCUUCGGCAUGUCGAACACUUUAUUUUAUUUAUGUCUUCUCUCCUCCAUAUUUAUACUUUAUUUCUGCAUUUCGCUUACAACAAUAUUUUAUAAUAAGAGUCGUGAAGUUUCUUUGCCAGGAAUUUCAAGCAUGAAUAGUGAGAAGAUGCAUGAUCCAAGAAGCCCUAGUUCAAAUUAUUUUAAUUCAUUUAUAAAUAGAAAAAUCGAAGAAACAGAUAUUUCAACAUCACAUAUGAUUGAAAAAUCUACAAAUGAUCGUCAUUUAGAAACAAAGAAGAAAAAAAGUUGGAUUAAGAAAUUCUCAUUUUCAAAGGAAAACAAAAUGGAAACAAGAUUUUCAAUCAAGAUUCUACCACAAAAUGAUGCUUUCUCGAUAAAAUAUGAUUUAGAUAUAAAUAAAGAAAGUAACCCUAAAAUAGAAGCAAGACAUUUUACUUAUUCUGAAGAAAUAUUAAAUUAUAAUUUGGUAGGCAUUGUUCUUUUAUUAUUUGUGACAGCUCUAUGCAUUAUAACCUUAAGUAUACGAUUGUUUAAAGAAAAGGGCAAAAUUAUGGAUGCGGUAGACAGUACACAUUUGACUAGUUCAGGAACAAUUAAAGAGCUAAAUUCCGUAAAUAAUGGAACUUCCUCAGAAAACGACAAAUUAAAUACAGAAUCUGAAGAUAAAACACAAAAUACUAAAGAAUUUAUCAGAAAUGAUAACUCUCAAAAAUCCCCCGAAUUUAUUAAGCCAAAAGAUAAUACUGUGGACAGUGAGAAGGAAACACAUAAUAUCGAAGCAGAGGAGGAAAAGAUGGACACAAUUACUGCUGUCGAAGAAAGUAAACAUCUCACUAGUGCAGGAACUGCUGUAGAUUCAAAUUCCAAAAUUAAUGGGUCUUCCUCAGAAAAUGAUAAAUUUAAUACGGAAUCCGAUGAUCCAACACACAGCACUAAUGAAUUUAGAAGAAACGGUAACUCUCAAAAAGCCCCGGAGUGUAUUGAGCCAAAAGAUAAUACUGUGGUCAGUGAGAAGGAAACACCUAACAUCGAAGGAGAGGAGGAAGAGAAGGCCACAAUUACUGCUGCAGAAGAAAUUACAGAUCUCACUAGUGCAGGAACAGCAAAAGAUUCAAAUUCCGGAAUUAAUGAAGCUUCCUCAGAAAAUGAUAAACUUAACACAGAAUCCGAUGAUCCAACACACAGUACUAAUGAAUUUAGCAGAAACGAUAACUCUCAAAAAGCCCCCGAGUGUAUUGAGCCAAAAGAUAAUACUGUGGACAGUGAGAAGGAAACACAUAGCAUCGAAGGAGAGGAGGAAGAGAAGGCCACAAUUACUGCUGCAGAAGAAAGUACAGAUCUCACUAGUGCAGGAACAACAAAAGAUUCAAAUUCCGGAAUUAAUGAGUCUUCCUCAGAAAACGAUAAACUUAAUACGGAAUCCGAUGAUCCAAAACACAGCACUAAUGAAUUUAGCAGAAACGAUAACUCUCAAAAAGCCCCCGAGUGUAUUGAGCCAAAAGAUAAUACUGUGGUCAGUGAGAAGGAAACACAUAACAUCGAAGGAGAGGAGGAAGAGAAGGCCACAAUUAAUGCUGUAGAAGAAAGUACAGAUCUGACUAGUGCAGGAACAGCUAAAGAUUCAAAUUCCGGAAUUAAUGAAGCUUCCUCAGAAAAUGAUAAACUUAACACAGAAUCCGACGAUCCAACACACAGUACUAAUGAAUUUAGCAGAAACGAUAACUCUCAAAAAGCCCCCGAGUGUAUUGAGCCAAAAGAUAAUACUGUGGACAGUGAGAAGGAAACACAUAGCAUCGAAGGAGAGGAGGAAGAGAAGGCCACAAUUACUGCUGCAGAAGAAAGUACAGAUCUCACUAGUGCAGGAACAACAAAAGAUUCAAAUUCCGGAAUUAAUGAGUCUUCCUCAGAAAACGAUAAACUUAAUACGGAAUCCGAUGAUCCAAAACACAGCACUAAUGAAUUUAGCAGAAACGAUAACUCUCAAAAAGCCCCCGAGUGUAUUGAGCCAAAAGAUAAUACUGUGGACAGUGAGAAGGAAACACAUAGCAUCGAAGGAGAGGAGGAAGAGAAGGCCACAAUUACUGCUGCAGAAGAAAGUACAGAUCUCACUAGUGCAGGAACAACAAAAGAUUCAAAUUCCGGAAUUAAUGAGGCUUCCUCAGAAAAUGAUAAACUUAACACAGAAUCCGAUGAUCCAACACACAGUACUAAUGAAUUUAGCAGAAACGAUAACUCUCAAAAAGCCCCCGAGUGUAUUGAGCCAAAAGAUAAUACUGUGGACAGUGAGAAGGAAACACAUAGCAUCGAAGGAGAGGAGGAAGAGAAGGCCACAAUUACUGCUGCAGCAGAAAGUACAGAUCCCACUAGUGCAGGAACCACAAAAGAUUCAAAUUUCGGAAUUAAUGAGUCUUCCUCAGAAAACAAUAAACUUAAUACGGAAUCCGAUGAUCCAACACACAGUACUAAUGAAUUUAGCAGAAACGAUAACUCUCAAAAAGCCCCCGAGUGUAUUGAGCCAAAAGAUAAUACUGUGGACAGUGAGAAGGAAACACAUAGCAUCGAAGGAGAGGAGGAAGAGAAGGCCACAAUUACUGCUGCAGAAGAAAGUACAGAUCUGACUAGUGCAGGAACAGCUAAAGAUUCAAAUUCCGGAAUUAAUGAAGCUUCCUCAGAAAAUGAUAAACUUAACACAGAAUCCGAUGAUCCAACACACAGUACUAAUGAAUUUAGCAGAAACGAUAACUCUCAAAAAGCCCCCGAGUGUAUUGAGCCAAAAGAUAAUACUGUGGACAGUGAGAAGGAAACACAUAGCAUCGAAGGAGAGGAGGAAGAGAAGGCCACAAUUACUGCUGCAGAAGAAAGUACAGAUCUCACUAGUGCAGGAACAGCUAAAGAUUCAAAUUCCGGAUCUAAUGAAGCUUCAGCAGAAAAUGAUAAACUUAACACAGAAUCCGAUGAUCCAACACACAGUACUAAUGAAUUUAGCAGAAACGAUAACUCUCAAAAAGCCCCCGAGUGUAUUGAGCCAAAAGAUAAUACAAUGGUCAGUGAGAAGGAAACACAUAACAUCGAAGGAGAGGAGGAAGAGAAGGCCACAAUUACUGCUGCAGAAGAAAUUACAGAUCUAACUAGUGCAGGAACAGCUAAAGAUUCAAAUUCCGGAAUUAAUGAAGCUUCCUCAGAAAAUGAUAAACGUAACACAGAAUCCGAUGAUCCAAAACACAGCACUAAUGAAUUUAGCAGAAACGAUAACUCUCAAAAAGCCCCCGAGUGUAUUGAGCCAAAAGAUAAUACUGUGGUCAGUGAGAAGGAAGCACAUAGCAUCGAAGGAGAGGAGGAAGAGAAGGCCACAAUUACUGCUGCAGAAGAAAGUACAGAUCUCACUAGUGCAGGAACAGCAAAAGAUUCAAAUUCCGGAAUUAAUGAAGCUUCCUCAGAAAAUGAUAAACUUAACACAGAAUCCGAUGAUCCCAUAAAUAAUAAUCCCAUAAUAAAAGUAAACUCUUCAAAGAUGAAUAAUGGGUGCCAAAAUGAUAAACUUAACACAGAAUCCGAUGAUCCAACACACAGUACUAAUGAAUUUAGUAGAAACGAUAACUCUCAAAAAGCCCCCGAGUGUAUUGAGCCAAAAGAUAAUACUGUGGACAGUGAGAAGGAAACACAUAGCAUCGAAGGAGAGGAGGAAGAGAAGGCCACAAUUACUGCUGCAGAAGAAAGUACAGAUCUCACUAGUGCAGGAACAACAAAAGAUUCAAAUUCCGGAAUUAAUGAGUCUUCCUCAGAAAACGAUACACUUAAUACGGAAUCCGAUGAUCCAAAACACAGCACUAAUGAAUUUAGCAGAAACGAUAACUCUCAAAAAGCCCCCGAGUGUAUUGAGCCAAAAGAUAAUACUGUGGACAGUGAGAAGGAAACACAUAGCAUCGAAGGAGAGGAGGAAGAGAAGGCCACAAUUACUGCUGCAGAAGAAAGUACAGAUCUCACUAGUGCAGGAACAGCAAAAGAUUCAAAUUCCGGAAUUAAUGAGGCUUCCUCAGAAAAUGAUAAACUUAAUACGGAAUCCGAUGAUCCAAAACACAGAACUAAUGAAUUUAGCAGAAACGAUAACUCUCAAAAAGCCCCCGAGUGUAUUGAGCCAAAAGAUAAUACUGUGGACAGUGAGAAGGAAACACAUAGCAUCGAAGGAGAGGAGGAAGAGAAGGCCACAAUUACUGCUGCAGAAGAAAGUACAGAUCUCACUAGUGCAGGAACAACAAAAGAUUCAAAUUCCGGAAUUAAUGAGUCUUCCUCAGAAAACAAUAAACUUAAUACGGAAUCCGAUGAUCCAACACACAGUACUAAUGAAUUUAGCAGAAACGAUAACUCUCAAAAAGCCCCCGAGUGUAUUGAGCCAAAAGAUAAUACUGUGGACAGUGAGAAGGAAACACAUAGCAUCGAAGGAGAGAAGGCCACAAUUACUGCUGCAGAAGAAAGUACAGAUCUCACUAGUGCAGGAACAACAAAAGAUUCAAAUUCCGGAAUUAAUGAGGCUUCCUCAGAAAAUGAUAAACUUAAUACGGAAUCCGAUGAUCCAAAACACAGCACUAAUGAAUUUAGCAGAAACAAUAACUCUCAAAAAGCCCCCGAGUGUAUUGAGCCAAAAGAUAAUACUGUGGACAGUGAGAAGGAAACACAUAACAUCGAAGGAGAGGAGGAAGAGAAGGCCACAAUUACUGCUGCAGAAGAAAUUACAGAUCUCACUAGUGCAGGAACAACAAAAAAUUCAAAUUCCGGAAUUAAUGAGGCUUCCUCAGAAAAUGAUAAACUUAAUACGGAAUCCGAUGAUCCAAAACACAGCACUAAUGAAUUUAUCAGAAACUAUAACUCUCAAAAAGCCCCCGAGUGUAUUGAGCCAAAAGAUAAUACUGUGGGCAGUGAGAAGGAAACGCAUAAAAUCGAAGGAGAGGAGGAAGAGAAGGCCACAAUUACUGCUGCAGAAGAAAGUACAGAUCUGACUAGUGCAGGAACAGCUAAAGAUUCAAAUUCCGGAAUUAAUGAAGCUUCCUCAGAAAAUGAUAAACUUAACACGGAAUCCGAUGAUCCAACACACAGCACUAAUGAAUUUAGCAGAAACGAUAACUCUCAAAAAGCCCCCGAGUGUAUUGAGCCAAAAGAUAAUACUAUGGACAGUGAGAAGGAAACACAUAAAAUCGAAGCAGAGGGGGAAAAGAAGGACACAAUUACUGCUGUAGAAGAAAGUACACAUCUAACGAGUGCAGGAACUGCUAUAGAUUUAAUUUCCAGAAUUAAUGAUAUUACUGUGGAUAUUGAUAAAGGAACACAUGGCGUCGAAUCAGAUGAGGAAAAGGGCAAAAUUAUUACCGCAGAAGAAAUUACAGAUCAAACUAUUGCAAGAAUAGCUAAAGAGUCAAAUUCUAUAAUAAAUGGUGCUUCUGCUGAAAUGAAAAAUAUAAGUAAGGUUUCUGACCCACAGAAAGAUUUUAAAAUUAACAUACUAGAUGACCCUCAUCAAUUUGGUGAAUUUAAAAAUGAGUUAAAAUCUGCUGCGUAUUUUAAAGGAGAAUCUGAUUCACAGGAAACAGAAAAUAAAUUGGAAAACAAUAGUUCUGGCAAACUAGAAAUUAGUGAAAUCGUCACUAAAAGAAAAUUUAUAGAGAGGUAUGUAUGUCUUCUUGCGGUUUUGUUUAUAUUUUAUUCCUGCAUUAUGUUUCCUUUGUUGUCUUUUAUAAUUUAUAACCUUGAUGUGCCAUCAACAGCAAUCUCAAGUAUAAAUAACAGACCGAAUAUUCUUCAUUCUAGUCUUAGAGAUCAAGCAGGAGUUUCCAGAACUGAGUUAGGAAGGACAGUGACAAAAGAAGAGACUAUUUUAAGUACAGAAAAAUUUGUAACAAACAUAAGCUUGCAGAAGAAUUUCUAUUCUAGAAAUUCACUUCUUUCUGAAAGUACUUGUGGUCUGAACGAUUCUUUAUCUGAAUCAUCUGAAGAAGCUUUAAUGGAAGAAACUGAGCUGAAUGCUGAUCUAACAGCUGAAAAAGUUUCCAUAUUUAAACCUCUAGAUAAAAAAUCUGAUUAUUUUGCAAAGGAAAAGAAAUUGAAUUCUUUAGCAGAAUUGAAGAAAAUUAACAUGGAAAAAACUUCAGAUGAUGGGAAAUCGUAUAGAAUUAAACAGAAGGAAAAAGCAAGUAUUUUGUCACAAGAAGUAUGUAAUAUUUUACCAAGUGAUGUUUGUUCAAAUACAAAUGAUAAAAAUUAUUCCAUUGAGAAUCUUUCUGAUUCCAAGGAAUGUACAAAAAUAGUUGAGGAUUCGACCCUAACAACGAAUUUAUCAGAAAUUGAUGGAUUUGAAACAAACUAUCUUCAAAAUGAAAGUAAAGGUUCUAACGUAAAACCAGAAAAAAUUCGUUUUAAUUCUUUAGAUUUUGUUUUCAAUAAGAUUCUUCUUUUUAUUCUUAUCAUUUCGUCCUUCUUUUAUUCCUUUAUUUUUGUUUUAUGCAAAUAUAUAUCACGUUUCAGGAUGAAAAACCCUGUGGACACAUUUACAACUGAAGCAAUGGCUUCGCCAUCAAAUUUAGAAAUUGAGUUUCUAUUAAGCAACUCUGCAGAAAAUAUUGUUGCCACACCAAAGAAGGAAAAGAUAAUUGAAUAUAAAACAAAAAUAAACAAGGAGAGUGUAUCUGGAUCAGCGAAUACUCACCAAGAGCAAAAUAUGCAAAAGAUCCCCAAAAUUAAUUUGGAAUCCCGGCUUUAUUAUCAACAAGAAGAAACAAUUGAAUUAAAAAAGGAAGAGAAAGAAUCAGCCAAAUAUCCCACUGAAAAGAAAAAAAUGUGUGAUGGCGAAUUAAAUAAAACACUAACAGACCAAUCGUCUAAAAUAAAUGAAAGAGUAUUAAAUGGGCAAGAAAAGAAGGAAGAGAGACGGAAAAAGAAAUUCGAAAAGAAUAAUAACAAAAAGAAAGUAGAAAAUCAGAGAAGAGAGGAUCUAGAAGUUCUCAGUAAAAAGCCUAUUGUAGUACAUGAACAAAAUGAUGCGUCCAAUUCUGAAAAUCUUAAAACACAAAGCGACAGAAAGCAAGAAAUAAGUUCAGAGUUUUCUCGUGAAUUUGGAAAACUCCCUGCAGUUUUAGAACACUCUGUGAAUGAUGGGACUAGUGCUUAUGGAGAAUCGAAUUCCACAAGAUCACAAAUGCAUGAUAUGAUUUUUCUACAACAAGGAGAUCUUCGUUUUCGAUAUAUUGCAGACAGAAACUCUAACUUUACAAUUAAAUUCACAACUGUGGAAAAGUCUCAUGCCCAAAAUGAAGACAAGUAUCUGAGAUAUAAACUGAAAGUGAAAAAGAAUGAAUAAAUAACAUAAAAAGUGUCGGAAUAAUGUUUUUGAUUAUAUAAUUCCUAUUCCGCUAUAAAUAUAAAAAAUUUGGUAACAAAUAAGAAAUCCUGAAUGCUUGUUUAUAUUACAUUUGAAUAAAUAAAAAAAACUGAUAAUUGGUAACAAAGUUAUAACCAUUAUUGUAUUCAUAAAUGUGAACACGUGUAAUAUCAUUUCCAAGUAUGCUAAAAUUUAGAGUUUUAUUUACGAUAAUAAAAGAAUUAUUUUAUACACGUGUAAAACGUGUACACGUUUUUUAACACGUGUAAUAAUGCCAUUUCCAAGUAUGCUAAAAUUUAGAGUUUUGUUUACGAUAAAAAAAGAAUUUUUUGUUUAUAUUAUUUUUUUUAGUAUUUUACUUAUUAUUUUGAUUUUAAAGUCUUGAUUAUGAUAUUUUCAAUAAUUAUAGAGACAAAUAUUGUUACUUUAAAAUAUGAUAAAUAUUUUUCUACUUCUUCAGGAAGCAAUGAAUUUUUUUAUUGUUAUACACCUCUUUCGCUUCCUUUGUAAGAGAUUUGUAGAUCCUAUUUAAUAAAUUUUUGGUUAUUUAAUCGAUGCUUAU